UCAAACAAUUGAUAUUUUUUCCCAGUGGAAUUGCAUAUGAUGUUCUACCAAAUGAUAUGUUCAGUGUUUCUUCUGAUUUUAAAAUCGAACUUAUGUUCUCCAUGUGAUCAGGCUGAAUAUGAAAUAAAUGGAGAGUGUUGUCCCAUGUGUUCACCUGGAACCCGAGUUUACAGACACUGUACAGCGUACACCAGUACUUCCUGUGUACCAUGUAUCGGAUCCACUUUCACCCACAAACCGAAUCAUCUGAUUCACUGUGUUCCUUGUACGGUGUGUGAAGAAGGUCUUGGUUUAAAGACAGUAAAGGAAUGUACAGCCUCUUCAGAUGCAGUGUGUGGAGUCCUGGAAGGGAACUAUUGCACUGAUUCCUAUGAGGGAGGAUGUAGAGCAGCAAAGAAACACACAACCUGCAAACCUGGAGACUUCAUCAAACACCCUGGAACAAACUCUACUGACACUGUGUGUGAAAUCUGCCCUGAAAACUCUUUCUCAGAUGGAUCUUCUACCUCCUGUACACCACACACAGACUGUCAAUCCAAAGGACUUCCCACAGUGAAACCAGGAGACAGUGUGUCUGAUUCUCAGUGUGGAGAGAAUAAUUUGGGUCCUCUGAUAGUUGGGACUGUAGUUCUAAUAAUUUUAUUGUUAUUAGCAAUUGGAGGAAUAACACUGUAA